UCACACCACACACACUCACACGCGCACUCACACACACACUCACACACGUGUGCGCUCCUCCGCUCCGGAGCUGCUGCCGCUCCUGCUCUCAGCGCUGCAGUGGAAGGCAGGGCCGCGCCGCGCCGCUCCUUCUUGAAAUAUAUAAAUUGGAGCCGGCCGGCCUCGGCCGCCCCCCUGACAGCGCGGCCCGCGCCCCUCCCGCCGACGCGCCCGCUGCCAGCCCCGGGACCUUUUCAUCUCUUCCCUUUUGGCCGGAGGAGCCGAGUUCAGAUUCGCCACUCCGCACCCGAAACUGACACACUGAACUCCGUUUCCUCCUGCUAAAUUUAUUUCUGCCUAAUAGCCACUCGUCUCUUUUUUCCGCCCCCCCUCCCCUCCAUCUCGUCGCUCCAAGAAAACUUUUGCCGACUCCCUCAAGUGCAGGUUCCCCCUGCCCGUCGUGUAUUAAUAUUUCCACUUGGGGAACGACGUUGCCUUUUCUUUUGAAAGGAAUUCAAGCAAGAUACCUUUUUCUCUCGGACAUUGACUCUCGAUUGUUUGCAAAAGUUUCGCAUUAAAAAAAAACCUACCUGAUCUGUACUUUGAGAGUUGCUAGGGUUUUUUUUUUUUUCUUUCUUUCUUUCUUACUUUUUGCUUAAAAGAAAAAAAAUUUUUUUCCACCUUUAAAAAAAUGCACUACUGUGUGUUGAGCGCGUUUCUGCUCCUGCAUCUGGUCACGGUCGCGCUCAGCCUGUCUACCUGCAGCACGCUCGACAUGGACCAGUUCAUGCGCAAGAGGAUCGAGGCGAUCCGCGGGCAGAUCCUGAGCAAGCUGAAGCUCACCAGCCCCCCAGAAGACUACCCCGAACCCGAGGAGGUCCCCCCGGAGGUGAUCUCCAUCUACAACAGCACCAGGGACUUGCUCCAGGAGAAGGCGAGCCGGAGGGCGGCCGCCUGCGAGCGCGAGCGGAGCGACGAGGAAUACUACGCCAAGGAGGUUUACAAAAUAGACAUGCCGUCCUUCUUACCCUCGGAAACUGUCUGCCCAGUUGUUACAACACCCUCUGGCUCAGUGGGCAGCUUGUGCUCCAGACAGUCCCAGGUUUUCUGUGGGUACCUUGAUGCCAUCCCGCCCACUUUCUACAGACCAUACUUUAGAAUUGUUCGAUUUGACGUCUCCUCGAUGGAGAAGAAUGCUUCCAAUUUGGUGAAGGCCGAGUUCAGAGUCUUUCGUUUACAGAACCCGAAAGCCAGAGUGCCUGAACAACGGAUCGAGCUGUAUCAGAUUCUCAAAUCCAAAGAUUUAACAUCUCCAACCCAGCGCUACAUCGACAGCAAAGUUGUGAAAACCAGAGCAGAGGGCGAAUGGCUCUCCUUUGAUGUCACCGAUGCUGUUCACGAAUGGCUCCACCAUAAAGACAGGAACCUGGGAUUUAAAAUAAGUUUACACUGUCCCUGCUGCACCUUUGUACCAUCGAAUAAUUACAUCAUCCCCAAUAAAAGUGAAGAACUAGAAGCACGAUUUGCAGGUAUUGAUGGCACCUCUACCUAUACCAGUGGUGAUCAGAAAACAAUAAAGUCCACUAGGAAAAAAAACAGUGGGAAGAGCCCACAUCUCCUGCUAAUGUUGUUGCCCUCCUACAGACUUGAGUCGCAACAGUCCAACCGGCGGAAGAAGCGUGCUCUGGACGCAGCCUAUUGCUUUAGAAAUGUGCAGGAUAAUUGUUGCCUACGCCCACUUUACAUUGAUUUCAAGAGGGAUCUCGGGUGGAAAUGGAUUCAUGAGCCUAAAGGGUACAAUGCCAACUUCUGUGCUGGAGCAUGCCCGUAUCUGUGGAGCGCAGACACUCAGCACAGUAGGGUUCUCAGCUUAUAUAAUACCAUAAAUCCAGAAGCGUCUGCUUCCCCUUGCUGCGUGUCCCAAGAUUUAGAGCCGCUCACCAUUCUCUACUACAUUGGCAAAACACCCAAGAUCGAACAGCUUUCUAAUAUGAUUGUCAAGUCUUGCAAAUGCAGCUAAGAUUCUCGGAAAAGUGACAAGAUGAUAAUCGCACGAUGAUGAUGGUGAUGAUGGUGACAGAGGCGAUGUUUGUAACAAGAAAACACAAGAGAGCCUUGCUUCAUCAGUGUUAAAAAAAAAUUGAAAACGCGGUACUAGUUCAAACACUUCGGAAGUUUGUGUUCUGUUUGUUAAAACUGGCAUCUGAAACGAAAAAAAAAAAAGUUGAAGGCUUUAUAUUUUACCUACUCUGUAAGUGAGAGAGACAAGAAGCAAAACCUUUUUUUUCUUAAGAAAAAAAUAAACACUGGAAGUAUUUGUUAGUGUUAAUUAUGUGAAAGAAAGCAAACAAACAAACAAACAGGAAAACCCCGUUCAGUGGAGUUGCUGUACAUAUGUUCUUAUCCCAUGCCUCACUUGAUUUUUCUGUAUUGCUAUGCAAUAGGUAUCUUUCCCAUUCUUACUCUUAGAGUUAACAGUGAGUUAUUUAUUGUGUGUUACUAUAUAAUGAACAUUUCAUUGCCCUUGGAAAAUAAAACAGGUGUAAAAAAAGUGGAGACCAAAUACUUUGCCAGAAACCCAUGGAUGGCUUAAGGAACUUGAACUCAAACGGGCCAGCAAAAAGAGGUCAUAUUAACAAGAUGAAAAAUGCGAGUGAGAUCUAUUACAUGACCGAGCGAGUCCGCAUAAAGAGAAAGACCCUGCAAAUACAUGCUCUGUACCAACUGCCCGAGGAAGCUUCUUGUAAGGUUCAAAACUGAAAAGCCUGUUAAUAAAGGAAACUUUCAGUCAGAUUAAGUCUGUAAGAUUUUCUUGUUCUCCUUAAUUGUAAAUGGUUCUUUGUCAGUUUAGUCAACCAGUGAGAUGUUGAGAUGUUUAAACACGUACUGGUCAAACUUCAGACCUUAAAGUAUUGCUGUGUAGCUACGCUCUAGAUUUUUCUUUCAUUUCGGUGUAUGUAACCGUACCUAUAUUAUUACAAUAGAUGGGUAUAGAAGCCAGUAUAAUUGGAAACACAACUGCAGAUCUCUUUUGCAAAUGAUGGAAUCAAAACAUUAACUACUUUAUGUGUAAUGUGUAAAUUUUUACCAUAUUUUUUAAUGUUCUAUAGUAACGCCAACUCUGAUUUAGAUUGGACUUAAAUUUGGGCUCUUUCUAAUGAUCGUUGGGAAUCGUGUGUUUCCUUUAGCUGGCCAGAACUUUUGAAUAAAGCCCCUGUAUUUCGACUUGCACUACAAAUACAUGUUUGAUAGUAUUUGUUCCACUUGUGCUUUUUCAUUGUCCAUUAUUAUGACAUAAACUACCUGAGUCCACUUGUCCUUUUUUUCUUUUAUAAAAAGACAUAGUUUUUCUUCAUUUUCUAAGCAUCAUUACUAAUCAAUUCAGACAUUAACAAGCUUCUAUUUUAGGAAAAUUGGGGAUUAUAGAUACAUAGAUAAUUGAGGUGAAAUGUUUAGUUUUAGCAAGGGCUUAAGGAUCUGACUGGAACUCAGAGUCUUAGUGACUGGUUUAAGAAAGGUGUCUCUAACUUGGUUUAAUCAGUAUUUUCACAGAAUUCUGCUGUUCAAAAAAAGAGCAGACAGAUCACAGGAGACAGCUUUUUCUUUAAUCGAGUUUUUAGUGUUCAGGGAAAAAUGGAGAGAUUAACAUUUCAGUUGAUUUUGUAUAAGGAAGAAAAAAUAAACCCAUGUCAGCAUAAGUCAUUUAGUGUAUUUCACUGAAAUUAAGGUUUUAUAGAUGUUCUUUGAAGGUUGCAAAGGCACAAGGCAAAUUCUCCCAUGAUCAAAAAGUCCUUUCUUUCCUCUGAAUGAGACUUACCUAAUCAGAGGCUAGAAUUUACCUUCCCGAAAUACAUGAUUUGCUACAUUUUUGCAGAGGAGGUAACCUUAUGUCAGGGUUUGUAGGAUAUGUCAGUUUGUCAGUUGUCUCUUAUUUAGCUUUAGAAUAAUCAUUAAUAGACAAUGGAAUAUUUGCAGUUUUACCUAAAGAGCAGCACAGUGAGGUGUGAAUCCAGAGUGAAGUUGUUUGAUAUAGUAUACUUCCUUUUCUUGGAAUUUCCUGGCCAUUAUUAAAAUGACAAAUUGGAUUUGUUUGAAAACUGGAAAAGCAAGAGAUAGGAUGGCACAAUACCAAAUAACCUUUGGAUUGGGUGAAACCCAAUCCCAGAUUGGAGUGUGUUGGUUUUUUUUUUUUUUUUUUUUUCUCUUCCACUUUUCUAUUCAUUCUAUGUAAAUCACUUUUAUUUCUGCAGGUAUUUUCUUCUCAGAUAGAAUGACAUUUUUGUUUUGUAUUAUUUUGUCUUUCCUCAUGAAUGCACUGAUAAUAUUUUAAAUGCUCUAUUUUAAGAUAUCUUGAAUCUUUUUUUUUUUUUUUUUAGUUUGGGGGGUUCUAUAAGGCCUUUAUUUCCCAAAAGUAAAUAUUGCCAUGAGACGGGAGGGAGGUGGGAGGGAAUGGGGAAAAUGUUAGUAUGUGGGUGGGAUGGGGCUACAGUUUUUCUGUGUUAAACAGCAAUGCAGUUUUAUGGUUGGCAUGAUUUUUUUUUUAAAUGGAACAUAAGAAUAGCUGUUUUGUAUUUUGAUGACUGAUUACGCUGUAUUUUAACACAAUGUAUGUCUGUUUUUGUGGUGCUCUAGUGGUAAAUAAAUUAUUUCAAUGAUA